AUGUCGCAAAUGUCCGCGAGUUUACUUUUUUCUUCUACUUCUUCUUUAUUUAUAUCUUCAUCAUCUUCGAGUUUGAGAAGAUGCAAAAGUCGAUCUUCGUCGUCGUCACCGACAAAAACUCAUCGUGAUACUAAGAGUAAUACUAAGAAGAAGAACAAUAAAAACGCACGAGCGAUGUCUUCCUCCUCUUCUUCUUCGUCCUCGACGGAACCAGAUUGGAAAGUCAAACAGAGAGAACAGGACGCGUUAAUCGGUAAAGAAGAAACCGCGGUGAAAACCAGAGUGGUUGAGAUGUUGAAACCGAUAUUAGAAGGCGCAGAUAAAGUGACUUCUCAAGGCGACGACGCCGCGCAGCUGCAGUUGCAAGGGGAGUUGUCGGAGAAAAUUAGACAGGCGACAAAAAUGUUGGAAGAAGGUCUCGUCGAGAGGGAUUCGCAAGUGAGAUUGCUCUUGUUAGCGGCGUUUUGCUCGGAACAUUUACUGCUAUUAGGCCCACCGGGGACGGCAAAAUCUGAGAUUGGUCGAAGGCUCUCGGCGUUUACUCAAGGACAAUACUUCGAGAGAUUGUUGACGAGAUUUUCCGUUCCUGAAGAGUUGUUUGGCCCAUUGAGUAUGGUUGGAUUAGAGAAAGAUAUGUACGUGAGAAAAAUUGACGGGUAUUUACCGACCGCACGAGUCGCGUUCGUGGAUGAGAUUUUCAAAGCGAACUCGGCGAUUUUGAACUCUUUGUUGACCAUCUUGAACGAGCGCUUGUUCGAUAACGGUAACGAGCGCAUUGAGGUACCUUUGUUGUGCUUAGUCGGCGCGUCGAACGAGUUACCAGAAAGCGAGGAGUUAGACGCGUUGUAUGAUCGUUUCUUGCUGAGAUCUUCGGUAGAACAAGUAUCUUCGACGGCGUUGAGAGAUUUGUUGAAACUCUCCGAGGCGUCUGAGACGAAAGCGAGAGCUGAUAUCAACGACGAGCAAAAAUUUUCGUUGAAACCGAGCGAUUUUCAAGGUGUAAAAGAAAAAGCGUGCGAAUCAACUACGGUUCCAGAUUCUGUGAUUAAUUUGAUGACAGAUUUGCGCUCACAUUUACAGGACAAGUGCGAACCACCCAUUUACGUUUCCGAUCGUCGUUUAUUGAAAGCGGUGACUUUAUUGCGAGUGGCGGCGUAUACGGACGGUCGUUCCGUGGUUUCCGAUUUCGACACUUUACUCUUAGCGCAUGUUUUGUGGCAACGCCCGGGUGAGUCUGCCAUGGUACAAGAUUGGAUUUUAGAACGUUUAGCGAAAGAGAGAGGUGUAAAGCAAGUUCAAUAUCUCCUCGCCGCUUUGUUCGGGCGAGCGUGUCGAUCGGACGAAAACGACCAGGAAGAAGCCGCGCAGCUCUUAAAAGAAGCGCAAGGUUUGAAGGAAAUCUUGACUUCUCAGUUAAACGAUUUAGCUGGUGCCACUGCGGGUGGCGUCCCGCAACUGAAAAGACACGUCUGGUUAUCUCCCGCCGAGUCUGAACGCGCCGCGCAAUCCUUAUCUCCCAUGUUCAACAAAGCGAGAAAAGGUUUAGAGAAGUUAUUAGAGGAAUGCUUGACGUUAGAAGUCGCGCUGGAACGGAAAACGGAACCGCACGUCAUGGCGUUGUUGUUGCCGGCAUAUUGGGCCGAUUUUAUUCGAUCCGGGCCGAUCGAAGACGUCAAGCCGCUCGGAUUAAAGUAA